UUGCAUUUUUCAUCAUUCUUGAUUCUUAUUAUCUUUAAUAUCUUAUAACAUAUUUCGUUAUUUUCUGGAUUAUAAAUGAUGGGUUUUCAGUUUUCUACAGUUCCCGUGGAUAAUAAAUAAAUAAGCAGUGUAAAACAUUGAUCGGCGAUCCUGUUAUUCCGUCCCUCUGUACCUGCACUGGUGUUUCUUUCUCCGCGAUGGAGUCUGCGCUGAUGAGCGUGGCUCGUUGUUUUCCGCGAGCCAGGCCUCCGCUUUCCUUUCCUCCGCUGCAGCGCCUUCUCGUCCGUCACUAUCCCCGCGCCGCGUCCGGCUCGCGUGCCCACCGCGAGGGCUGGUACGAUGUCAGCCGGAUGAGCCAUCGCAUCCACGAUCCACGCUUGCAACCGUCACCGGCGGAAUUCGGGGAGUAUCUGCAGGAGGGCCUGAUGGAGCAGAUCCAUCCGGAGGGAUACCCGGGCCAGCUGAUCGAUGAACGAUCCACCCGAGACCCGGCGGACGUGUUCCGCAGCCGGCAGCGCUACAAAUACCUCAUGUCCCUCCGCCCGCGCCACCCCUGCCUGUUAACCAUCGCCGCCCGCGAACAAAUCCGUUUUCUCCACAAACAGGACCCGCAGGAGUUCUCCGUGGAGCGUCUAUCCGACUCCUUCCCCAUCUCCCCCACGGAUCUGCAGCGCCUCCUCUCCCUCCCGCCGCGCCGCUUCUCCCGCCCCGAAUCCGACGCCGCGGAGGACGCCCGUGUCGCGCAGCGCUGGAAGGCGUUAAAAACCGGGAAGAAGUGGCGGGAGUGGGUGUCGGCGGAGCAGAUGGAGCAGUUCCGGGCCGGGACGCUGCGGAAGGCGCAUUUCAGCGGCAACGCGGCGCUCCCGCUGCCCCCGGUGGUGGAGCGGUACGUGCCCCCGCCCCCGGUGGACGGGCCGGUGAGUAGGCUGCUGAAGACGGUGAUGGAGGAGAGGAAGCGGAAGGAGGUGGUUAGACCGGAUGUGGAGGUGCUCGUCGGGAAGGAGCUGCUCGCGAAGAGCGGUAGUGUGACGGUUCGGGAGGAUCCGCGCGCGUUACAGUCCAUUUCGGCGCAGCUGCGCUCCGAGACGCAGCGCGCCCCGGAGUACCAGCCAGUAGACGCCGGCUACAUCCGGCCGCACCGCUUCCAGGGCGUCACCCUGACCCACGACCCGGCCCUGGGCGACGCGCUGAUGGACCCCUCCGUCCCGGACAUCCGCGUGCGUCGCGCCGCCGCCUCCCGCCACCAGCGCGCCACCUCCCACGCGGACUUCACCGGGAAGAUGCUGCGGAAGCUGGAGACCCGCAGCCCGGAGGUGGGCGCCGCGUACCGCGCGUGGUUCCAGCAGCGCGAGCCCCACCCGGAGGUGGACGCCGCGCGGGAGGAGCGCCGGAAGGACGUCGAGGUCGAAACGCCCCACCGCCGCAUCCAGAAAUUCCGGAAAAAUCCCGAAAAAUCCGGGAAGGAGGAAACUGGGAGGAUUGUCAUCCCGGAGGGGAGAAAGGCCCCGGGGGCGACGUACCGUCGGGGCGACAGUUUCUAUGAUGAAGACGGGACGUUCUUAUACCGCGUCCCGGGAUUGGUCUGAUUUUUUCGAUUUAUUUUCGGAUUUUUUGCUGAAUUUGUGAUGUGUGUCAGCGCGAUUGAUGUGCCGGUUUGACCGGCGUUUGAUUGCGGAUGAUUUUCGCUAAAUGGGUAAACGACCCACCCAGUGAUUACGGCGAUUAAUCGUCGCGAUGUGCUCGCUUUCACCGCGUCGCCGGCAGGCAUUUAUGCUGUCAGCGCUUGUAUCCGAUUCAUCAGGAAAUCGGCUUUCGCUUU